UUUGAAGAACAAUCGAUUUCUGGUGAGGUGCCUUACCAAGAAUAUGUGCUUGAUGAGGUUUUUGAUUCAAUGGAAAUUGAUGAAAUGCCAUCAUUAGAAAGAGAUGAUACGAUCCCAUUAGAACGUACUGAUGUAGAUAAUAUAUUGCGUGACCAAACACUGGAAAAUGUAGAUGAAGAACAUGAAAACUUCAUUAAUGACAAUGAUAUUGAGGAAGAUUCCUAUAGUGAUGAUACUGACAAAGAUGAUAAAUUCAUUAAUGAUGAAUGUGACUUUGACUAA